AUGCGAGGUGAUACACUACAUGAGACUGAAGAUGUGAAAGAAGCCAUAAGAAGGCUUCCUGAGCAUCUUUAUAAUGACGGAAUGUUUCGAAUUAAGAGAGCCCUGGACCUGAGCAUGCAGCAUCAGAUCUUGCCUAAGGAGCAGUGGACAAAAUAUGAGGAGGACAAAUUCUACCUUAAAUCCUAUCUGAAAGAAGUUAUUCGGGAAAGAAAAGAGAAAGAAGACGGGCAAAGAAGUGAUCUUGUAGUUGAGAUCUGUGGAUGUGCCUGGUCUCAAUUUGUGGUUAUUUAUGAGUGUGAAUGUGAAUCACCCCAAACCAGCAACGCUAGCUGGACGCCCCUGUUUGCUUCUGGGUGGUAUUGGCCCGUGAGACACUCGGCUCAGAAGCUGUUUGACACCGAGAAGAACCGUGACCCAGUGCCCUACUGUUAG